AUGAGGUUCCUUCUACUCGCCGUCUUCGCCAUCUUGGGCUACGCCGGCGCCAACUGCGGAUGUCUCAAGUGCUCCAAACACCUCACCGUCCUCGGGGAAAUCCCCGGCGCGCCCGGCCAGUCGCCCAUCAAAGUAAUCGCCCGAUGCGACAGGGGAUACCCCAAUCUCUGCGACACCAUCGUUCCAGUGCAGCCCGUCAUCCAAGUGCCGGCGCCCCAGCAGGGGCCGGUCACCACCGCCGGACACCAGUACCCAGUCAAAUGUAAACCCUUCUACAAGCCGUGCAUGGCCCACGGGGGUUGUUACAUGGGCAGCGGAGCCAUUACGGGACCUCUAGCAGCUGGGAAUCCUUGCGCAGCUCAAGGAGAAGGCAACGUUUACACCUACUCGGGCUACUACGGACCGAUUGUACCUGUAAAAAUCCAAGUACCAGCCCAACCCGAUGAUGAUGAUAGGAAAUACUACACUUUGAAGGGCCUCAGGACCGCCGUAGACAGAAUCAUCAUUCCUGCUCCAGGCGUCAGCCCGACUGGAGAAACCGAUUUCGAUCGCUACGUCAGCGGACAAUUCGCCGGUUGUGGAGGCGGUUGCGGAGGCGGUUGCGGAGGCGGUUGCGGAGGCGGUUGCGGAGGCGGUUGUUGCCGAUCGAGCUGCUACACGUGUCACCACAGGUACGAUAAUUCAUUAGAACCGGGCGAUUCGCACAAUCGCUGUAAGAGGCAGCUGCUGCAGCACGGCUACAAAUUCAUCGUGAACAUGCUGCCGCCCUUUAUCCAGGAACCCGUUAAAGAUACCGUGAAUAGAAUGGCGAUAACGCAUCCGGAUAAAAAGUUGAGGAAAGUCUACAAUCUACCACCUCCGCCGUUAACGUUUAAGGAAAAGUUAGAGUUGAAGCGCAAGCAGAACGUUGCUGCGUUGAAGAACAAACUCUUCGGUAAACAAGCAAAGUCUAACAAAGUUUUGUACGAAGAAAACAAGAAAUCUAAGCGAUACAAUUCACCCAACCGACAUAGAAUAGUAGUAGACGAUAGUAGAAUCGACGAAGAAUCCACUAACUUCAUCGACAGUCUACUCAAAUCGGAACCGAAGAAGAAACCAACAUUAAUACCCAGAUCUAACAAGUACAAGAACUGGUUGAAGGAAACCACUUCGGCGGAAGUUCUGGGCGAACAUUUCGCGAAGAAGAAGAGAAAACCGACUGGUCGGAUGAGCAGAAAGGAGAAGGCCAUGUUUUUGGCCAAAUUACGGAAGCUUAACGAAGAAGAUUCGCCGAGAAGGCGACCUAGAAGGUCCAUCAUCAUAGGCUCGGACGAAUUGAACCUGCCUCUGUAUCAAGUCAAAGUAAAAGACAGCGCCGAGGAAAACGAAAUCGAUUCGUACGAAGAUUACGAUGAUGAGGAAGAUAACGAAUCGGAGGAGAGAGUAGGAAAGAGGAGAUUCGACGCUUCGAAAGAGGAACUAAUCAGAAAAGCCAUCAGAGAGGAACUGAAAAAGUUCAAGCAAGUCCAAAGCGAAGAGGACCUCGCAGGAGAUCCGGCUUCUCUGAUGCGAAACGACAAAAUCGCCGCGAAAUUUCCGCUGCUGCGCGUGCUCUCCUUCCCCGUGAAGCUCCUCAAAGGCGUCAAAAACAACGAGGAUCUACCCAUAGUAGGCGCCGUACCUCGCAUGAUCAUCGACACCAAGAAGUACUUCAAAGACUUCGGCAAGAACCUCAAGAAGAACUUCCUGCAUUUCACCAGCGACAUCAUCGGCGACUUCGACGCCGACACCAAAACCAGCAACUUCCUGGCCGACAUCGCGAAAUCCAGCAGGAUCGAACGAAGCUUGCUGCAAAGCAGGAUUAAACGCGAAAAUUUUCGCAGCGUUUCCGACGCCAAAGUCCGCAAAAAGCGCUACGUCCUGAAGAUGGUCGACGACGACGAAAUCGAGGAGCUGCUCAGGAAGAAACUGGGCAGGAUGUUCGACGCGGAGCCCAAGGCGCGCAAACCCCGCAGGAAAUCCAAACUCAAACCGAAAAUGUUCACCCAAAACGAUGAAGUUCCGAUGAAGCGCAAGCACCACCACAACUCCGAGCCGAUACUGAGGAAAACCCACGAGGACGCCGCGCCGGAGCGUCGCAAGAAGAAGAUCACCAUCGAACCCAUCAAGACCAAGGUGAUCAUCGACAACAACGGCCUGCCCUUCAUGGAAGUCGACGGCUACAAGCGCCCGUUGUUCACCAAACGCCUCAAACAUCUCGAAGAAUCUCGCGAUCGCUUCGACUCCUCCGAGGAGGUGAACCUGCAGAAGAUCCACCACGUCAUCGACGACGCCAAGUCCAACGAUCGGGUGCGCUCCCGGCUCUCCGACGCCCCCGUCGAGGCGCUCAAAGACAAGAUCUCCCAGCUGCUCUACGACAUCGAUCUUCUAGUGCACAUGGACUUUGCGAAGUACGACGAGAUCUACGAUGACCUCAUCGAGGUGCAAUCGGUGAAGACCUCCAUCGUGCAGUCGUGGAAGCGGCUGGUGAUGGACAAGAAGAUCAACGAUUACAACGCCAAAAUCGAGCUGCUGGAGAUGUUCGGGCGGCUGCAGAGGAUGAAGAGCGAUACAGUCGAGAGGAUCGUGGUGGUGAUGGUGGAGGAUUGUGAGAAUUCCUUCGCUUUGAAGAAGAGCAUCGAGGCUUUGAUGGCCUUGCACAAGAUCCAAUGCAUCAUCGAUCAAGUUGUGACUUGUUUCCAGGAGAAAUUCGAAACUGGAGCGAAGUUCGACAUGGCUAAAGAGAUCAAAUUCGUGGAUUUCUUGGCUUCGUUGAAAUUCGUGAGGGCGAAGACCAGAAACGAGAUGAUCGAUUCGCUGAAAGAUGAAAGAGACCAGGAACUCCAGGAGGCUAUUAAACUGUUAGAUAAACUGAAGAAGUUGUUGGAUGAAAACGACGAAACCAUCGAAGAUGAAGCGAAUGUGUUGUGGGAAAUGAAGCACGUGCAGCAAAUGCAGAUAAACACGAUCAAAGAAACGUACGAGAGGUUGCAGGAAGGUCUGAAGAUCAAGAAGAACAUGAAAAUCCUGUUCGAUUUAUCGAGGAGAUUGAAACAGCUGCAGGAGAAAGAGAAGGAGGUUUGUUCGGGCGGUUCCGGAGAAACGAGCGACGAGGAAACCGACGAUGAAGGAUCCGAUGAGGAAAAAGUGAAGAUGAAAAAAUCGAAAUUCGAUCCGGAGGAAUUCAAGAAGAAGUGGAAGAGCAAGCUGAACAAAAAGAAGGAGUUUAUAGAGGAUAGUUUCAAGAAGAAGUUGAGGAAACUUAAGAAGUUGAAGGAGAUAUUCGGAUCGGCGGAGGUGGAAAGCGGCGAUGAAGAUGAAUGA